CAUUUAUAUACCCUUUGAGUGCUUUACAUAUGUUAUCUCAUUUGAGGUUCCCAACACCCUGGGAGGAAGGUGCUAUUAGUAGCUUCAUUUUACAUAGGCAGCCCACUGGAGUCCUGCUUUCACACCUUCUUCAUUUUACAAAUGGAGAAACUGACUGAGAGUUUAAAUUACUUGUCUAAGGCCACUCAACUUAUAAGUAUAUGAAGUUGAAUUUAAUCGGAGGUCUUCCUGAGGCCACUGUCCAUUAGGCCACCUAGUUGGUUAAGUAAUGGAAUCAGGCAGAUAAUGAAUAACAGAAGCAGGACUCAAGGCCAGAUUACCAAUAUUUCAAAUCAAUGCACCAUAUUGCCUCUGGACUGGCAUCCCUGCCCAUGGAGAAUUGGUUGAAAGACCAGAUAGGAUUUGAUUCUCACUUCCCCUCCUCCUUCAACUCAAAGAGAAAAUCCUUGGCUAUUAGCUUUUUAAGCAAACCCAGCCAGACAGUGAAAUAUAAACACAUUCUUCCCAACACCUUACAGUCUUAAUAACAGAGAUAAUUUGCAAUGAUCUCCCAGAGACACAGAUUCUAUAAAUAUUCAUGUAGCUCUGUCCAGGAAACUGGUUUUCUUUUUUGGAUGAAAAAGAAUUCUUUGGGAGAAAUUCAGACACAGACCCCAACUAUCCAUCCCUUCUAAUUCCUUUGCCUGUGUUCCCAAGAUUAGUUUCCUCCAGAAUGAAAUGGGCCACUUAGGAGGAUUCUCUAAGAUCUCUUCCAGUUCUAACAUGAGAACGAACCAUUAGUUAUAAGAUUUUCCAUUUGAAGGGAAAGGGUGUCUGCAGUGAGGCAACCCUGAUUUUUAUCUCUUUUUUUUCUAGCUUUCCUCUCACCCUUCCCAUUCCUAUUCUGUCUCUCACUCCAACCACCCCAACUUGGAACAAUGCUGUCAGGCUAGUGUGAUGGAACGAACCCUGGGAUGGGGCGUCAGGAGAAAUGUCAAUCUUGAUGAUUUUGGACAAGUCAUGUCAUAUCUCUGGCCCUCAAUUUCCUCAUCUGUGAAAUGGGAACAAUAACUUUCUUUAAGGUUUACCAAACUGGGCAACCCACCGUGACCUCCUCCCUCCCCAACACCCUACACGCUUUCUCCGGGAGAUGCGUCCCCCUCGGUGGGGGGAGUCUGAAGUCCUUACAAGGAGUUUGGCCACAGCUCAGAGGAUGGCUCCGCCUGCCCAGUCCUCCUCCUCUUUCCCCCGAGGGCCCCAGCCAGGCUGGAGAGGGACGGGGCAGGCAGCAUUAAGCAGGAGCUGGAGCUGGACUCGGAGCCCAGAGCCCCGAGCCCGGGGCGGCUAAGUCCAGUGCCACGGUGGAAGCAAGGUGUGGGGAGGCGGUGAGGAAGAUGAGAUCUUCUCCUGCCGGAAUGCGGGAGUGAAUCUCAGCACCCGAGGUCCUGGCACGGUCCCCCGUGCUCCAACUAUCCUUCUCGGGACGGGCGGCCACCCACCGCGGACGUACCCCCGGCGCCCCGGGCUCUGUUUCUUGUCCCAAUAGCUGCCCGAUUAAACAAACUGGGGGCUCGAGCAGGAGCCGCGGAGGGGGAACGAGCGCCUAGGGGGGUUGCCUUUACCUGUCUGCUGCAGGUACUGCUGGCAGACUCAGGUUCGUUGCACGGAGGAACUCGGUGUUAAGGGCAUCCCCUCGUUGGCCGCUUUCCCCCUUCCCCCCUCUUCCAGGUGAGCCUGCCGCCCGCCGUCCAUCCAUUCCUAGGGAACCUCUGUCAUUCUUCUCGAGGCGACAUUCCGCCCCCAGGGGUCCUCGCCCAGCUGGACUUGUCAUGUCGUCCGUGUUUGGCAAGCCCCGGUCUGGGAACCUUGGUCCUGAGCGCCUGGCACACAGUUCGAUCCCAGAGGUUAACGUGGCCAUCCUGGGCUGCAGAGGAGCCGGGAAGUCUGCUUUGACCGUGAAGUUUCUGACCAAGAGGUUUAUCAGUGAAUAUGAUCCCAAUCUGGAAGACACCUAUACCUCAGAGGAGACUGUGGACCAACAACCAAUCCUGCUGAGGGUGAUGGACACAGCAGAUCAGGAUGUUCCCAGAAACUGCAAGCGCUACCUGAACUGGGCCCAAGCCUUCCUGGUUGUCUACAGCAUCGAUGACAGGCGAAACUUUGAGGGUUGCAGCCAAUACCUAGAGAUCAUCGCCCACCACGCAAAGGACACCCAGCAUGACUACCCUGUGCUGCUCCUGGGGAACAAGCUGGACAUGGCCCAGUACCGGCAGGUCCCCAAGUCAGAGGGCGCGGCUCUGGCCGGCAAGUUUGGGUGUCUGUUCUACGAGGUCUCCGCCUGCCUAGAUUUCGAAGCCGUGCAGCACGUGUUCCACGAAGCCAUCCGGGAGGUCCGCAGGGAGCAGGAGAGAAGUGCGCCGGCGCGGCCCCUCUUCAUUUCUGAGGAAAGGUCCAUUUUUCAUCAGGCCCCCCUCACUGCCAGGCACGGCUUGCCAAGCUGCACCUUCAACACCCUCUCAACUGUCAACUACAAGGAGAUGCCCACUGUGGCCCAGGCCAAGCUAGUAACAGUCAAAUCCUCCCGGGCCCAGAGCAAGCGCAAGGCGCCCACCCUGACGCUGCUGAAAGGCUUCAAGAUCUUCUGAGGCCCUCGCCAUCCACGCCCCGCUGCAGGGGGCACGUGGGAGAGGAAGGACGGGCCAGCGUUAGCAGGAGCAGCCCCGGGGCAUCGGAUAGAAUUGUGUCCCGAGACUUUGGGGCAGGCGCUGCCCCGGACUGACUGGGUCCCGCUCCCGGCCCGGCCCAGCCCCCGGCUUACUUACUUCUGGAACGGGAGUUCCAGUUAUUGGCACUGAGUAGUUGAGCUUGCCCCGGGCAGGUUUCCCCCCCCCCCCCCUCCCGUCAGGAGGGGAUACUUGUGUGUGAUUUUGUUCUGCAAUCCAUGGAGUUCCAGUUUCCACGGCAACCGAAGCAGCUGUGACCUUGGAGAGUAACAGCUGUGGGUGGGCGGAAGGCAAAGGCUCCGGGUCUCACAGACAGGACACCGAGAGAAACUUACGAAAUCUCUGCCUUUGAAGCCGAGUUCAAAGGCUCUGUACCUCUUCUUCCUGCCUCCCUCCCUGACUUCGGGAGUCCCAGCGGCCAGAUGUGGCUCCUCAGGCACAGCCAGGAGCCGCCACGCUUGCUACCAAGUAAAAGAGGAGUCUCUCGCUAUGGCGGACAGGGAAUCUCGCAGACCGUUCCUGGGAGCACAGAGACCCCUGGUGGCAGGACCGGGAACAGCUGUUGGGUUUGACCAGCCUGGGUUUGUGGGACAGUGACUUCCAUCCCAGCACAUCCCAUUCCCAUGAAGGUCCACAGGUCAACCACUACGGUUCCCGGCAUCUCGCCAGUGGUGCCUGAUUGAAAGACCCUUCCAUUUUGGGUUAAAAUAGACCUGCAAAGGAUGACUUGAAGAAAAACCAAGCUCGUAAAGAUAAUUCAAAAACUCUGAAGAGUAUGUGCGGAAGAAGGAACAGCCUUCGCUUUUGCUUAGAUGGCAGUGGGAAGGUUUACAUGCUGAUUGCAUAGGGGUGUACGAAGCUCUGGUCUUUUUUUCCCUCAACAUCCAUUAGUCACCUCACUCUGUAGACCCCAAAGGGGACCUUCCAACAGCCUUACUCAGGAGAGAGUCUUCUACUGAAGUCAUACUAGCGAAAGGAAACCAAAAGUCUUAAGGGAAUCAACACCUAGAGUUAAAAAUAAUGUCUGAAUGAUCUAGAGAGCAAACAACAUACAAAGUACCAUUCCCUAAAGUGGUUUGGGUUUAGAAAUGCAUUAUGCCAAAUCAUAGCUGUGCUUGGACAGAACUCUGGUCCCUAAAACACUUUUUUUUUUUUUUGUCAACGAAACUAUUAUUUUUCCAUAAGUUAUUUGACCCCGCCUCUAUAGCUUAAGGAUAAUAUGAAAGAGACAUCCUCAGGGUCAGGCCUCUCUGUAUAUACAGCUCUUUACAGUUUUGUUCACAUCUGUGUACAUUUAACCAUUUGAAUACAUAUGCAAGUUUUGUUGAACACUUCUGGAAACAUUUUAAUAAAGAAUUCUUAGAGAAAAAUAA